UCGAUACAUCUGUGUACUGUGAUGUUUUGUCCAUCUUAGUCUAUUUUUAUUCUAAAAAAAUAUUUUACAGAUGUCUGUCAGGGCUGUAGACUUUUCUUCUAGUGCUUAUGCUAAAACUAAGAGCUUCAAGGCAAAAGAAAAUGUUGCAACAGCCUCCAGAGUCAAAAGAACACCUGAAAACUCUCCGUCCAGCGUGAAAAGUUCUUGGACGCCAUUGAAACAAGACUUAAACGAAAAGUUGUUCGAUGAAAGGAAAGAGCUUGUCAGUAACUGGUUUGAUAGGUGGUCUGAUGUGCAAAGAAAACUGGUUCUCGAAAUCCUAAUAUCAAAGUGCAAGAAUUCUCAGCUGCAAUAUACAUUCUCACUGAUUGAUGAAAAAAUUCCAAUAACACAUGUGGACUUUACCCGUAAGCUUCCACGUGUCAUUUCUAUCUACAUCAUGUCCUUUUUGGAUCCUCGAAGUCUUUGUCGAUGUGCACAGGUUUGUUGGUUCUGGAAAUAUUUGUCUGAGCUUGAUCAGAUCUGGAUGCCCAAAUGUUUUAAGUUUGGUUGGAUUUUACCAUUUGUGCCAACACCUUUUGAACAAGGGGUGUGGAAAAGACAUUAUCUGGAAUGUGUUAAAGGAUUACAGUAUGUUCGACCGAAGUCUCCUCCAGGAUCCCCAAAGUCCAUUCCAGCAGGUAGAGUGAUGUCAAAAAGCCUAAGUCAAGGCAGCCUAUACAAAAAGGCAGGAACAGGAACCAAAAAAACAUCAACAGCUUGGGAGGCUCCUCCCUGGCGGGGUCCUGAUCCACAUCCCGAUGACAUCAAGAGGAAGUCAUCCAGUGGUGGACGUGUAGGAGGCUGCAGACGGUGCCACAUGUCAACAAACCUGUCGAAUAAUAGUGAUCAACAUGAUCAUCUGUACUCAUCUAAGAAAGGAACUGCAUUUAAAUCCACCAAACCAAGAAUUCACUCUGUUACUGGAAACUCUGUCUCUGAAUCAGAGCCUGGUGGAUCAAAAAUAAACUCACGAACAGGUCGGCCAGACUGGGCAGUGCAGGCAUCAAUCACACCUCUGAAAGCCAGUCGGCCACCAGCUGGGUCUGACAUAAAACCUUCUGCUCAAACACUCGGAAAUGCAAGAGGUGCCAGGGACCUACCAGCUGAGGGUUUAUUUAAAAUUCAGCCAUGGCGGAGGCCACCUGAAUAUGACUCAGACUAAACAACAUACAUGUAUGUUGGGGUAUGUCAUGCCUGGUAUGGUCACUGUGAGUUGCCCUGUCAGGAAAUGGAGGAAGUACUCUGUCACUGGUCCUCUUGCUGCUCUGGAAAUUAAAGUCAUAGCUGACCUAAUAGUAAAGCUUAUGGACUUGUCAUUUAGAAGGCCAAGAGAAGGCAGGAAUGGUGGAUGAAGUGAAAUCUAGACAACUCUAUUUUCAACCCUCAGCUCCCUUGAUAAGUGUAUGCCACUGUGUUACAUCAACAGAAAAGCAGUCUCCUACACCAAGUUGGCUGUAGUGCAAGAGAGUAGAUCUUGCCAUAUAGUACAUGUUAUCAGCACUACUAAAAAAAAACAAUGUACAUUUGCUUAUAAAGAAAAGAAACAUAUGUAUAUGGUUGUCGUUUAUGAAAGCCUGUUACCAAUGUAGGAAUUAUUUAUUUUAUAUGGACAAGGUAAUAGAGGAGUUAGCUUAAGUUUCUUUUGUCUGCAUGCAUGUUCAGUAGAAUCAGUGUGCCAUAAAUUCUUGUUUGCACUUAAGAUUGCUUGUUGCAAGGAUUUUUAAACAUGCUUCGUGUACAUUGCUUGGAAUUCAAAAUGGAAAUAGAAAAAUAAUGAUAAGUGCAGUUAAUGGCUUAUAU